AUGAAAAAAAGAGUAUCAUCAGAACUAAGUGAUGAUAAGAUUGAAAAGAUUUAUCAAACAUUUGGUUUUAUAUUCAGUAAAUGCUGGGCUAAAUUUAGUUAUGCAUAUAAAUAUAAAAAUAGGAAAAGAUAUGUCAAUCGUUUAAUUGAUAGUGCAAAAGUUAUCCAACGGACUUGUAGAGCUUUCAAGUUGAGACCUGAAACAUGGGCAAAACAAGUUUGGAAUAUGGUGAGGAAUGAUGGUACUCCUGACAAGAAGAAGUUUCUAUCUCCUCGUGGUAAAAGAGAUAUUUAUGAUCCAUAUGUAUGGUAUAUUGAUCGAAAAAUUCUAGCUAAAGAUUUACCUGAAUUUUUUCUGAAUAAUCUAUAUCAUGAUGGUCAUGUUCCACAUGAGUGGGUAGAAAAGAAGAGUGAUCAGUUACAUAAUCGAUUAGGUAAUAUAGCAUAUAUAGUUGCUUUUAUAGUAUUACAUCAGCAAAACUAUAGAAUCAUUACAUAUGAUGGUGAUUGGUCUUAUAUGUUAAAGUGGCUAUCGAAUCCUAAAUAUUACCGUAUUAAUAAAUAUUAUAACAAUGGCAACGUAAACUUUGUUAAAAGUAAAGCUCUGAAUGGUUCUGGUUCAAUCUGA